AAAAAAAAAGACAUAAAAGUCUGUGGCGACCAAAAGAGGCAAAGAGAGAGAGAAUGAUAUUAACUAGUAUAAGCCUCUCAACACCAGUUUCUUCUCAAAGGUUCUCUCCACCUCCUGCUACUACAACGAGAAGAUGCUCCCUGAUCAGGAUAGACAGGAGAUCUCAUAUCUCUGUCACAGUCUGUUCUUCCAAAGGGUUGCUGAAGAAUGCUGAGUUAAAAUGUUUCUUGGAGAAGCCAAUUGGAAACCUGUCUUUGAGAAAGCAUCUUGUUUCAGGGUUGGCAGCUAUUUUGCUUCUCUCUCAGGCAGGCCAGGGUAUUGCGUUGGAUCUCUCAUCUGGUUAUCAGAACAUUUGCCAACUAGGGAGUGCUUCUGUGGAAGAAACAAAGCUGACUCUUCCACUUGACAAUGCAUCUGAUGGUGACUCGGAAGCGAUGAUGAUGAUGAUGAUGAGAGGCAUGACUACUAAGAACUUUGACCCAGUUAGGUACUCUGGAAGAUGGUUUGAAGUAGCUUCUCUUAAGCGUGGAUUUGCGGGUCAAGGCCAAGAAGACUGUCAUUGUACCCAGGGGGUAUACUCGUUUGAUAUGAAGGAAUCCGCCAUUCGAGUAGAUACAUUUUGUGUUCACGGCAGUCCUGAUGGAUAUAUAACAGGAAUCAGAGGAAAAGUCCAAUGCGUGGGAGCGGAAGACCUGGAGAAAAGCGAGACUGACUUAGAAAAGCGAGAGAUGAUUAAAGAGAAGUGUUUCCUCCGAUUUCCCACAAUUCCUUUUAUUCCCAAGUUGCCUUAUGAUGUCAUAGCCACUGACUACGACAACUAUGCUCUUGUUUCUGGAGCCAAAGACAAGGGCUUUGUUCAGGUAUACUCAAGAACACCAAAUCCAGGACCUGAGUUCAUCGCCAAGUACAAGAACUACUUGGCACAAUUUGGCUAUGACCCGGAUAAAAUCAAGGAUACACCACAGGACUGUGAAGUGAUGUCUGAUGGUGAGCUAGCUGCCAUGAUGACCAUGCCAGGUAUGGAGCAAACACUGACCAACCAGUUUCCAGAUCUUGGAUUAAGAAAGUCAGUCCAGUUUGACCCCUUCACAAGUGUGUUUGAAACCUUGAAGAAACUUGUCCCGCUCUAUUUCAAGUAGAGCAGCUUCUUUUGCUCAAAGCUAUUAAAAAUUCUUAUGUAGAGCAAAUAUGAAAUAUAGGAGAUGAUUGUGCGCAUCAGUCAAUACCAGAAGGUAAUUAUCUCUCACUCCGAUGAAAAUAAAAUUACUUUUCAAUCGAGCCCAAUCGUUGCCUAGGGACUCGAGCUUUCUCUCUCGCGUGCAGACGACUGUUUAGAUCUAGAUCUAGUUUUUCCUGUUCUUUGAGCUUCAUCGCUGGCCGCCGGCAAGCUUGACGGAGCAGCUACGGCGGAAGUCGUUGGGGGAGCGGUGGGUUAUAUUGUUGCGUUUGGUAGUUAACGACUAAUCCCGGCAAGAUUGGUUGGCUACCGCGGAUCUCGGGUCUAGAGGGUCUUAGUGAGCCGUUAAGCCUCUUGAUCCGCCGUGGUGGUGUCUACUAAACCGGAUUGAUGGGUUUUUGUCUCGGAGGAAUUCGGAGCUUCCGGUGGUGGUUUGGGAGGUUAGAUCCCAGUUUGUUGGUUGCUUGGCAUGUGACCAGACAACGUGGAGCCGGUCGUCGGGGAGUUGCGCAUACCGGGAAGAGUGUGGUGG